GGCGAGGGAUUCUUUCUCUCUCUAUGGCGACGCGGAGGAGGCGCGCCGCCCAGGGCAAAGAAGCAGCCGUCGCGCCGCGGAAGGUGGAUGAGGCUCCAAUGCAGGUCAUCACGAUCGAUGACGAGGACGAGGAAAUGCCCUCCGCGCCGCCCCUCCCAUCCGCCAAAGAGACCAUAGUAUUAGCGGCUGAAUCUCCCGUGUCGGUCCUGGAAGGCGAGCUCACAGAUGCUAUGAUCGAAGUGGAAAAGCAGCUCGAGGUGGAGAGAGGCAAGAAAAGCAAAGAAGAGGAGAAUCAAAAACAGGCUGAAAGGCCUAGCUCCAACGGAUUGCUGCUAAAGCUCGACGAGCUUCUGACCAAGACGAAGUGGUUUUCGCAGUUUGUGCACGAGAGAAUGGAUGAGAUCAACAACCAGAAGAAACAAAUGGACGAGAGAAAGAAGCGAGGGAGAAAGCGUAAAAAGGGUGAAGUGGAGGACGAAGUUGUCACGGAGGAGGAGAAGAAUAAAAAGCUGCAGCAAGAAAUCGCUCCCUCGGUAACUGGAGGAGUACUAAAGUCGUACCAGUUGAGAGGAGUGCAAUGGAUGAUGGCACUAUAUCAAAACGGGUACAGUGGUAUUCUGGCAGACCAAAUGGGACUCGGAAAAACCGUGCAAACUAUCACUUUUAUCGCUCAUUUGAUGGAGAACGGUGUGAAGGGACCUUUCCUUGUGUGUGCUCCACUGUCGACGCUCGCAAACUGGACAAGGGAGAUCUCGAGAUGGUGUCCAAGCAUGAAAUCCUUGCUUUAUCAUGGUACCAAAGAAGAGCGAGCUGAGAAAAGGCGUAAACAUAUGCCCCGCAAUGGCGAAUCCCUCCCGGUCAUUGUGACCUCCUACGAAGUUCUCAUGGUCGACAUUUCUCAUUUCAAGCAGUUCAAAUGGACCUACGUUGUCGUAGACGAGGGGCACAGACUAAAGAACCACGAUUGCAAGCUCUUCAAAGAGCUUAAGAAGAUGAAGAUAGAAAAUUCUCUUUUGCUGACAGGAACUCCCUUGCAGAACAAGCUACCCGAGCUCUGGUCUCUAUUAAACUUCAUUCUUCCAGACAUUUUUUCGAGCCUGUCCGAUUUCCAAACAUGGUUUGCGUUUGCCGAGCGUGAAAACAAUAGUGACGAGGAGCGCGAUGAGACGCGAAUUGAGGUUGUCAAGAAGCUUCACGACAUUCUUCGACCUUUUCUAUUGCGAAGAAUGAAGUCGGAAGUAGAAAAGACUCUACCGAAGAAGACAGAGAUACUCUUGUACGCUCAAAUGUCGAAGAUGCAAAAAGACUUCGACUGCAAGCUUAUUAGGAGAACGCUAGAGGAAUACUUACAUCAGGCGGCCACUCCUGGAACAUCAAGAAAGAAGAGGCUUAACAAUGUCUGCAUGCAACUGAGAAAGAACUGCAAUCAUCCGGAUCUUUUGCGCCAAGAAUUCAAUCAAGACUACGACUGGCCUCCCGUGGAGCAGCUGACAGCUGAAUGUGGGAAGCUCAAGUUUCUGCUUGACAGGCUACUUCCACCGCUGAAAAGUCGAGGCCACAGGGUUCUUAUUUUCUCUCAAAUGACAAAGAUGCUGGACAUCCUUGAGUUUUGUCUCGGAGAAAGGGGGAUGCCACCGUUUCGUUUGGACGGAAACGUCAAGCAAGAGGACAGGCAAGAGCAGGUGAUUACGUUCUCUCGUUUUGCCAAAUACAUAAAUCUUCUUUUGUGUCAGAUUCAAAAGUUUGAAGGAGGGGAGGGAUUCGUUUUCCUACUUAGUACUCGAGCUGGUGGACUUGGAAUCAACUUGACUUCCGCCGAUACUGCUAUCAUCUACGACAGCGAUUGGAAUCCACAAAUGGACUUACAAGCAAUGGAUCGCUGUCAUAGGAUCGGGCAAACCCGGCCAGUGCAUGUGUAUCGCCUCGCAACAGCACACUCUGUGGAGUGCCGGAUGCUGAAAGUUGCGAACAGCAAGCUCCAACUGGAAACACUGGUUAUCAACAAAGGAGAGUUUCAACACGAGAAAGACACCGGAAAGACCACCCUCGACGAGUCGGACCUUCUUUCUCUUCUCAGAGACGAACGAAGCGAAGAGGAAGAGCUCGUCCAGAGCUCCGAGAUCAGCGACAGUGAUCUCGUCACGCUGCUCGAUCGCACCGGCGGUUGUUCGAUCGACGAGGAAAAGCCCAUCAGAGGACCCGGCUGGGAGAUCAUUCUCAACAAAGCCGCCAAGAAUUUCCUCCCCCCUGCCGAGGGGUCGGCGUGAUCGUCCCAUCCAUUUUUUUUUGUAUAGCUAUGGAAGAAAAAGGUAUAUAGACGUUAGUACAAAAUAUGCCAAGGAAUCUAAGCUUCUGGAAA